AUGACAGUGACAGUAACACCGCUGGAAAAUCAGCCCUUGGGAGCCAAAAUCACAUUACCAGAAGGAUGCACGGAUCCCAGCAAAUUGAGCAAAGAAGACUUCGAUACGUUGUACAAAGCUUUGUUGGAAAACCUGGUGAUCGUUAUCCCAGACAUGGAAAACUUGACCCCUGAGUCGCAAUGGAAGCUAACGACCAUGUUCGACCCAACGUGCGACCAAACGGGACAGUCCUAUGGCCACGGCAAAGAGUUUCGCCACGACAAAUCCGUUUUGAGAAAAGACGGGACUUCCAUUCCAGAUCAGCCACAAGUACAAGUCCUGGGCCAGGGCCACUGGCCUGCAGGCCACUACGGAAUGGGAGAAAUUGAUUUGAGACACCCCACGCACUUCGAUUUCCAUAAAUCACCACUUUCCGACGAACAGGCUUUCGAACAAGAUCUCACCCGGUUCUACAGGUGGCACAUCGAUUCCGCUCUAUACGACCUUUCCCCGCCCGUCGCCACUACUUUGCUCGGCAUUCACGUUCCACCGCACUCAAGAAAACAGAAAGUUGUUUACGGCGACAACGACGAUGUUUUAGAAGUUACUCAGGGCGCAACGGCGUUCGUUUCUGGUGCAAGGGCCUUUGAGCUUUUGACGCCAGAAGAGCAAGAUAGGGCAUUAAAAACCAUCGUGGAAUAUGCACCUCAUCCGUACAUUUUCAUUUCCCCAGCAAAGGCUACUUCGAAUGGCCUAACUAUGGUCUCUGAGGGCAAAGAAACGCCUUUGAAUGAGCUCCCACCUUGGGAAGAUUCCAAAAUUAAAAGGCUCCCUCUGGUAUGGACAAAUCCCGUCACCAAAAAGCAUCAUUUGCAGGUUCAUGGAUGCUGUAUAAACAAGCUACUUCUUCCUGACGGCACAACACUGGAAUUGGAAGAUGCCAGAAAAGAAGUUUACAGAAUGAUGAGGCCAGCCAUUGCUCCUAAACAUGUGUACGCACAUACCUGGAAUAAGGGUGACCUCGCCAUUUUCUUCAACAGAGGCGUUUGGCACUCAGUGACUGGUCAAUUCAAGCCUGGUGAGAGAAGGCUGAUGCACCAGUGCAACAUUGCCUCAGGAGCAGACCCAAAGACGAUUAUCAGCGUCGACGCAUGA